AUGCCAGAGUUCUGUGAGAUGCUAAUUUUCAUCUAACAAAGAGGAUUUCCUACGUUCCUUUUCUUCGAGCAGCUUUCUGGAUCGUCACCAUCUGCUGAGAUCUGAGUUAGACAGGAGAAUUUGGAGAACUCCAGCAGUUUGUGACUUCAGGUGCAGUCAGCUGAGGAACUCGCCCUUUGAGGAGCUCUGCGUUGCGUGUCAUCUCUCAUAACUGGGCGCCGAAGAAGGACUCCAUGAAAGAUGACAGAGGAGGUCAUCGUCAUAGCCAAGUGGGACUACACGGCCCAGCAGGAUCAGGAGCUGGACAUCAAGAAGAACGAGCGCCUGUGGCUACUGGACGACUCCAAGACGUGGUGGCGGGUUCGCAACGCAGCCAACCGGACAGGCUAUGUGCCGUCCAACUACGUGGAGAGGAAGAACAGCCUGAAGAAGGGCUCCCUGGUGAAGAACAUCAAGGACACUCUCGGCCUCGGAAGGACCCGCCGGAAGACGAGCGCACGCGAUGCAUCCCCCACGCCCAGCACGGACGCGGAGUUCCCCGCCAACGGGGGCGGCGCCGACCGCAUCUACGACCUCAGCAUCCCCGCCGUGGUCAAGUUCGCGUAUGCAGCGGAGCGCGAGGACGAGCUGUCGCUGGUGAAGGGCUCGCGCGUCACCGUCAUGGAGAAGUGCAGCGACGGCUGGUGGCGGGGCAGCUACAACGGCCAGGUGGGCUGGUUCCCGUCCAACUACGUGCUGGAGGAGCUGGACGAGGCAGCCGGCGACGCGCCCGGGGGCUCGAGCCUGCGGCCCGGCGCCAUGCUCAGCAAUGGGCAGGGCGCGCGGGCGCUGCAGGUGGUGCAGACGCUGUACCCUUUCAGCUCGGUCACCGAGGAGGAGCUCAACUUCGACAAGGGCGAGACCAUGGAGGUGAUCGAGAAGCCCGAGAACGACCCCGAGUGGUGGCGCUGCCGCAACGCGCGUGGCCAGGUCGGCCUGGUACCCAAGAACUACGUGGUGGUGCUCAGCGAGGGCCCGGCCCCGCACGCUGGCUCCGGACCCGCGGGGCCUGCUCGUGCUGGCCGGUUCGCAGGCCGCGAGUGGUACUACGGGAACGUGACUCGCCACCAGGCCGAGUGCGCACUCAACGCGCGGGGCGUUCAGGGCGACUUCCUUGUGCGGGACAGCGAGUCCUCGCCCAGUGACUUCUCCGUGUCUCUCAAAGCAUCAGGGAAGAACAAGCAUUUCAAGGUUCAGCUGGUGGACAACGUCUACUGCAUUGGGCAGCGGCGCUUCCACACCAUGGACGAGCUGGUGGAGCACUACAAGAAGGCCCCCAUCUUCACCAGCGAGCACGGGGAGAAGCUCUACCUCGUCCGGGCGCUGCAGUGAUGCCCCGGGAAGGCACCCUGGCCGGGCUCUUUUGCAGGCCCCGUUCUCUCCACCUGGUCCCCUCUUUGUCCAGGUCGGUUAUUUGCCACCUGCCCCACUCUUUGCCAUCCCGGGCCCUCCCGGCUGGUUUUCGUGAUGGGAGGUGGACAGAGCGAGUCGGUUCACUUUUUUCCUCCUCCAUGGGAGACAGCCUUAGUCCAUUCACACCGCUCGCGCCAGCAGACCCCCCCUUACAGACCUCGGGCGCCGUGUGGAUGCACCAGAGCUGCCCUUAUGUCCAUGAGCCACAGAGCAGGCGGCACCUGCCUGGGGAACCCCAGUCCUGACCCCAGCAGCCCUCCAUCCAUGUCGUUUGUGCUCCCAUGGCUCCCAGGCUCUCCGGGGACAACCCCGGGUGCUCUUAGCAAUACUGGAACCACCGGGCAAGACGGGAGGGAAGAUGCUGUCCAGUGCCUUUGGGGCUGCGCUUGCAAUAAAGAGAAGAGGUCCUGGAAUGCCGGUUUACAGGAGAGGGGCCGGAGACUGGGGGAGACGGUGGUUUCAGAAAUUUCCCCCCGACGUGCCAUCAGCAGAGUGCUCUUUCCUCUUGCCCUUCGGCUCGUUUCAAUCUCACAGUGAUGUAUUUAAUUCUCAAAGUCAUAUGUACCGGUAGCCAUUUGUUGACACUAAUGCAGAUGAUUAAGGAAAACAGGUGAUCUUUGGGGAGGGAAGCGACCCACACUUCACACACACACACACACAAAAUAUAUAUAUAUAUAUAUAUAUAGUAUUUGCUUUACAGGGAAAUUUUUCAGGGUUUACAAAAGGAUAUGUGAUUGGUAGUAAGAGACACAGAAUGUUUAUGAAGAAAUUGCAUUUUCUUUUCUCUUUACAUCCAAACUCCUUUAUAGUUCCAAUAUACAGUCUUGAGAUGGCACAUUCCUACAGUUGAGGAAGGGGUCUUGAGACCUCCUAAACUGCAUACUCAAUUUUUUGGAUAUUGUAAUAAAAAAGUAUUAUGACGAGA